AUAGUAUGGCCAACCACACGAGCAUAAAGGGCCUGCUGAUUUUGCUGGAAAACAAAACCUGGAUGAGGAAGAAGAGGAGGACGUGUCGGGUGUUGAGGACAUCAUGCCACCGCAGAACAAUAACAUGGUCCCCCCGCAAAUACAGAGCCAACCCACCUUCCAACAUAUUAAUCAUCAGCCAUCUGCAUCCCCACCAAUUCCGAAUGGCGUCUUCCACCCUCGACAUGGAACACCACAACCUGUCAUCUCCCGGCCGUCUUCGAGAAACAACCUUCAACGAGUAGGUUCGGGGCUAGUUCCCCCACAACAGCGUCACCAUGCAACUCCACCGCCUCCUCAAAACGGCUAUGCUGCAUAUAUACCAAACCCUUCUAUGUACAACCACCAGGCAAAUCCAAAUAUGCACCAGCAAGCUCCACGCCCAGGUCAAUAUCCUUAUCCUCCUCCUAUGCCACAACAUCAUCCCCCUCAACAUCAACAUCAAAUUCCUCCACAGCACCCUCCCCAACCGCCUCCACAACAGCCUCCUCAACAUCACCCUCACCACCCGCAACAACAACAUCACCCCCCUCCUCCUCCGCCCGCACAACAUCAACACCAACCUCCACCCCAACCACAACGACACCACACUCCACAACGGCACCACACUCCACAACCCCAUCAUCAACCCAUGGCCCAACCACCACCUCCAUACAUACAGGAACAACAGAAGAGACACUCUGUGCCACCGACAUUCCCUCCCCCAGAACGACAAGCACAAUCCCAUUCCCGAUCGCCACCUCAACCACAGCCACCGGUAAAACCUGAACCCAGCCAAACACCACCGCCCCCUAAACCUCUUCCAUCCAAAUCCCGAAGCAUUUUCACCCCAAUUGACGAUCGUGGUUCGGUACUUGCGCAGCAUUUUGGAUUUGGCCCGCAAUCAGACUCCCCCAAAACAGAGUCACCAUUAAAGCCUGAACCGGAGAAUACCGAUUCAAAUAGCCAUACCGCCCUGCCUCCACCUCCACCCCCUCCCGUAAGAUCUGCGACUCUUCCUGCCCACCCUCAACGCACACAUUCACUCUCCUCGAUACCCGACGUCACCCCAAUCUCGCGCUCAAACAGCCUCCAAGUUAGCGCAAAGCGGCCUCGGCUAAAGGUCCAAAUUCCCAGCGAGAACUCUGAUGCAGGUAGCGCAACUGCCGAAUCGUCACCACGAGAAUCCACAGGGAACACUGCCGCCACCCCUGCCCGCGGCAGUUCCGACACAGGGCAUUCUGGCGUCGUCUUGCCGCCCCCCUCACCCUCCGCUACUACCCUCCUAAGCGCCGGCGCCCAGGGCCCUCCAAAUCCCUUCGCGCGCCCACCACCGCCACCCGUCGCAACAUCCUCCCAAAACAACGCCGCAGCCGGCUAUUCAAACAGCAACAACAACCAUAAUAACAACAUCGACACGCCCAUCUCCGCUCUACCUAGCCGCUUCGUGUCCGAUACACUCCUCCCCUCCCCCUCCAGCUUCUACCCAGAGUGGGGUUUCGGCCGCUCCGGACCAGAUAGCAACGUGCUACCGAGCCCGCUGACUUUCCCGACUCCAAUUGUGACGAAUGGACCUGGGUUCUCGAGUUCGAAUAAUUCAGGUUCGGGGUUGAAUUCGCAUCCGAAUUUGCAUUCGCAGUCGGGUUUGAAGGAGAAAGAGAAGGAGAAGGACAGGGAGAAGGAAGGGGUUGGUGCUGUGGAGGAAGGGGGAAUGGUGAAGAAGAGAAAGAGCCCCGAAGGGGGGAUUAGUGCUAGUGGCGCGGGGCAUGGUGGCGUUCCGCAUGCUAGUGUUGCUGUGGGGAAGAGGGUGAAGGUUGAGUGAUGUGUGUAUGGGAUAUGGAAAAAAGGUGUGAUGUUUUUUUCUUAGUGGUCCUUGUCUAAUUGGGUUUGACACGGUCGUGUUGAGGUGUUUUGGUUUGGUAUAAAUAUGGAAUGAUAUGGGCUUGACAUUUUCUGUGCUUGUGUAGUAUUAGUAGUUUGAUCUUUGUUUCAUAUUCGGUUUUAUUUUGUUUUUGGCUUCCUCCUUACCUUCAUUUCUAUUGCCCGCUUUUAGAAGAGGGACCGAUUGUUUUGCUAUUUAUUUUUGAUAUGUAGGUUUUUGGUUUUUGUUCUUGAUUUGUUUUGACAUAGUUUUGACUUAACAAUACAAAAUCAUAUAUUGUAUAUUUUGUAUAUAUCUGCUAUACAGAGUAUUUAAUUUGAUUAGGGUUUUUAUGUAGUAUUCUCAUGGAUGAACCUCAGCUGUUUAUGUUUAUCUGAAUACCACUG